AUUAUAUAUAGUGACAAUUAUAAAGUGUUUCGCUUUUAUACUUUGGAUAUUGAUCCGAAUAAUAAUAGUAAGGGAUUAAAUUACCACUCGUAUAAUUGAAUAAACAUGGCAGAACAACUGGCAUAGUACGAGAUAAAAAUGGUUGUAUUAAAAUGGCUAGCACGAUGAACAGUAGCAAGUCCGAUCAGCUAAUAGACGUACUGAAACAGGUUCAAGCAAGGAAGACUGUUAGACCAGAAGAUGCGACCAAAGCUUUACAACAAUAUUAUAAAGUUCAAGAACACAUCAAAGCGCUUAAGUCUGAAAUAGAACUGUUCAAAGCGAACCAAGAACAAAAGGAAGGACAAGCACGGCCAAUACCUCAAACUAAGGGUAAAGUACCAAUAACAAGGAAGAAUAGUAUUAAUUCCCAAAACAAUGGUAAUAAUCAGCAAAGCCCACUAUCCAGACAACCGCCACGUAAUAUAAAUGGCACAGUACAAACUAACGGAACUUCAGGAGCAUCUUCACGUUCUCCGAGACGUCCGUCAAAGGUUUCGACCACCGAUGAUGUCAGAUCACAAGGGACACAAUCUUCUAAACUUGUUACAAAGAAUGGAGCUACAGGAAUACCAAAACCAAAUAAUCCAGACUCACCUGAGAAAGAUAAAGAAGUAUCUAGAUUAAAGCUACCAAUUACUCAAACAAAGGUCACGCCAGAUAAUAAAGUGAAUAAGGAACCAAACGCCGUUGCAGUCAUGGAGAACGGAAACAAAGUUACAUUGUUACAAAAGCGUGAUAUACCUGUCCCUGCACAAUUAGUGGAGGAAUUCAAGAAAAUAUAUAACACAGAAUACAAGACUGCCUACCAUGAUCUUGAACAUCAUUAUAAACUAAAGGAAGACAAUAUUACCGAACUACUAGCAGCAAUAGCAAAGGAGGCGUAUACAUUUUGCACAAACACUUCAAAACAACAGUUUGACGACAUAUUUAAGGCCCAUGCUCAUGUGAUAGAUGUACUUGUUCAACCAAAAUAUGUACCGCAAAUCAAAGAUACAAUGAUACCAAAGUCGAAAUCAAUAAUAGACAAAGAGGGUUAUCAAGUUACUCGCAGAUUUUUAAAAGAUUAUAGACGAGCAAUGGCCAAGUUUCCCAUUCCAGGCCUUAUAGAAAUUUUUGAAACGAUAGUACAACGAGAUGUUCUAAAUCGUCAUACAGCAUUACGGAUUACACCAAAGGCAUCACGACCAUACAUUCAUCGUCUCAUUGAAGUCAGCUGGUAUAUGAGUAUGCACGAACCACCGUUAGUUCAAGUGUGGCCACGUGGUGGCCAAUUAAUGAACAGAGAUUGGUUUACACCGUAUGGCAAGAAAGGUGCAACAAUUAUACAUACAGUAUGGCCAGCAUUGCUUGACCAUAAAGAUGGAACUCUUGCGGAGAGGGGAAUCUGCCUUGUGAAGUGACAUUUCAGGCUUUAUCUCAAAAUUGAACUUUCUUAACUGGCUUUCCUAACAAAUCAUAAAAGCAAAUGAAGAUUUGAUAUAAAGUAAAGCAGUCUUAUGAAAUUAUGUACAGUUUAUUUGGAGCUUCCGUUUAUUUUAUUGUUAUUUAUAUUAUAAACUGAAUAAAUUUAUCUAUUGUAUUACGCUA